AUGGAGAGAUCAGGAUCGCAAGGAAUGCGAGUCGUGCUGGUGCUGAGAGGACACUUGCGUUCCCGAGACCUGAAGGCCGCCAUCUCCCAGAGGCACGAGCUUGCGUUGCUCAGCGGCAAUGAUAAUGGGAUUAAGGAAUAUGUGGAACUGCUGAAGGAUGUUGCACGCUUGUUGGGAGAAGGAGACGCCGGUCAAAUCCCGACCCAUGCAAGAUCGGGUCCCAAAGAUUCCAAAAGGAUCCAGUCUCUGAUCUCCAGUUUGAUGGGAGGACUGAGAACUUUGGGCAACCUACCUCAACAGAAUGUGGCCUCUUUCCUGACCAGACAUGCAAUGGACAGCAAACGCUUCUCUGCAUUUCUCUACAACAUCUCCCUGUAUUUGCAGAGCAGCAACCCCCAGGAUCCCGCUGCUGAAAGCUUCCCUUUGGACCCUCUGGAUUCUGAAGAGGUGGAGAAUAAGGAGAACUGGGAGGUGCUGGUUGGGUUGGUUGAAACUUUCUCCCAGGCUUUGCUCAGUGGGACGUUGGCACAGGCCGAAGCCAGCAUUCGGGAGUUGGUGUGUUCCUUAACGGGACACGGAGAUUGCAGCAUUCACGUGGAUUGGCUUGAACAUCUGGGCAAGUUGCUUGAUUGGAAAAACUGGAAGUCAGUGGUCAACUGGCAGCCCAACGGUCCACCUCCCAGAAGUGAGAGAUUCCGACCUUGGAUUGAUCUCCAAGAGCCCGGGAGCGACGGGGAGGCUGCAAACGCAGUGGGGAAUGGGAACGCCGCUCAGAGUCUUCUGCAGAUUCUUUCCAAGCCCAGUGGCAGGAGAGGAGGCUCGGAGGUGACGGCAGCGGUGAACCGUCCCCGAACCACCGUGGGCGAGGACGCCUGGUGGGCCGGGCUGCAGGAGCUGAGGCAGAACAUUUUACGCAAGGUCGGGACCUCCGUCUACGCCAACUUCAAGAGGAAGGUAUCGCGGAUGACGGGCUCUCUGGUAAAUGAGGCCUCCUCUGUUCUUGGAAUUCCUCGAUCCGAUCAAAAUGGGAAGUGUUCGGCAGGCAAUUUAAGGCAACUCCUUUUGUGGGGCUUCAAGAACAACAUCUCCUGGGAUGCGGCCAACCUGGGCUUCGGCUCCGCGGAGGUUUGGAGGGGGACGCCUUUUCUCUCCUGUCGGCGGGGUCCACCGAGGAAGGGGCGAAGGCGCCGGGGCUCCUGGACGUCCGAGGACGAGGACUCAGACACGGUGGAGGUGGAGGUGGAGGUGGAGGUUGAGGCGGAGGGCGAGGACGCCUCUCCCAACAUGGACGAUGUUUGCAGCCACUCUGCUCCCGGGCUGCCCGGCGUCUCCAACUUCACCGUCUACCUCUACUGCAACCUGUUCAACGGCAGCGGCGACUCGGGCCGGCCGCCCCCCGACCUCCGCUCCACCUGUUCCGACGUGGCCUGGUACCUGUCGGCCGCGGACGAGGACUUGUACUGGGCGCAGGUCUGCAGGCGCUUCUACCCGGCAGAGUUUGCCUCCAAUGCUUGCGGCCUGGGGUCCCGGGACCCUGGCCGGGCCUGGCUGGCCCCGCUGUGCUCGGGGCUGCAAACCACCACCCCCAACCCUGACCCCUGCACCGAGCUGCCGGUCAAACACCCUGACUUCCCCCGGCGCUGCCUCCCCUCGGCCCUCCGGCCCCUCUGCUCCAACCAGACCUUGCUGGCUCGGCACGACUUCAUGGUGGACCUUUGCCACGGGUUAGGGGGGGGAGUGGAGGGAGCCAAGAGCCGGCUGCCCAUCAGCGUGGAAGCCAUCCGCCACUUCUGCUCCCAGCUGGACCUUCAGGGCAUCAACAUGACUUGGGCCGGUCACCUGUGUGGUGUUGGUGGGACAACUGCCCGGCGAGAAGGUCAGGGUGGGGACUGCGAGCGGCUGCUGGAGGCCUGGACCUCUCUGGACAAUGCUGACCAGUGCAUCUCCUGGUACCUCCAGCAACUCUGCUCCAUCUCCAACUCCAGCACCAGCUUCACCACCGAGAGCCCCUGGCUGGUGGUCCUCUGUACAUGGUUGUCCCCUGCCCUGGAGACGAUGGCCAGUGUGCCCCGAGGCUGCACCCGCCUGUUGGACACGCCCAACUUGACCGGCGGGGAUUUGCAACACUGCAUCCUCGUCAAUAUCACGGGCCAGCUCCUCGGUCUCUGCACCGAUAGGAGGUGGUCUUGGGCUGCCGGCUUCUGCAGCCAGCUUCGUCAAGCCAGCAGAGCGAUGGGGGUGGACCUACCCGGGCAGGGACCCCUGGUGUGUAACUACAGCAACUGGUCCGUGGACAUGUUCUUGGAUGGAGAGCUUUUGGAGAGCUGCCGUGAUCAGGACGCCCAAGGCUUGACGGAGGCCGUUUGCCGAAACAACUCCCUGUACGAAUCUAUCUCUCGGCAUCACCCCUGGGCGGUGUGGGACUGCCCGCCCCCUGAGUGUUUCGCUCGCCGGCUGCUCCACCUGUUGCCCGCGCCCUCGAGUGUCAACACCAGCCAACUGUGCGAAGACCCGGCCGCUUUCCUGAAGGACCUCCUGGAUCAGUUCAACCGGUGCGACGACAGAGCCUUUGGCUGGAUCUCCGGAGCCAACUACAUUCUCCAAGUCUUCCACCAUCUCCUGGGGCCCCCGGGCCUUGGUCACACCGAGCAGGAGAUCCAAGAGGCCCUGAGCGAGGCCCUUCUCAUCUCCAGCUUGCUGGACAACUCUUCCUUCUGGACCACCUCCAACCACAACGCAUCAGUCAGCAUCCUGCAGACGGUGAACACAUACCUGAGGGAGGAGACCAACACAGUCCUCAAGAAGGACCUUCUCAAUUGCUUCAGUCCAUUGCUCUGGGAUCUGCUAGAGAAUGAGGAUGAUUCUCCAGUUCUGCCAGUUCUCUUUCAGGAGUACCUGCUGAUGCCCCAGGAGAAUUUUCGGAAGCUGCUGAUGUCGGCAGAAAGCGACGCAGUCAAGAAGCUGCUGUCACACAUGCACAGGAGCUGGCGCCAACUUCAGGUGGGCAUUGAUCAGGUUUCCCAGAGGGAUGAGCCAGCGCUGGAGACUCUCACCGCCUCCUUUCUGCACAAGUUUCCCCGGCUCACCCCCGACCUGUUUGUGGACUUGUCUCAAUUCAUCCCCUUCAUGACCGAUUCCCACAUCCUGGGUCUGCCGGUCUCACUGCUUCUGAACGACAGCGUCUUGUCUGCCAUCCGGAACCACAGCCCCCAGAUGAAGGCCAGUCAGAAGAAGACCUUCGCCAGGCGGCUGCUCCUGAGCAACACCUUUGGCCAGGUGGGCUCUUGGCCCCCGCACUUCCUCACCUCCGUCCAGCCCCUCCUGCCCUACCUGCCAACCUGCCACCUUCAGCAGCUGACGGCCAAGCAGAGUCUGCGGUUCCUCAUGUCUCCAUCCUUUCCCAGGCUCGGACGGUUGGUCUGCUUCUCUGGCCAGGAGGACCUCCGGCUGCUGCUCGCUGUCCAGCCACAGGCGAUCGUGGUCUCCAGAGCACUCCUGAGCUGCAUCAAGGAUGGGACCAUCGAUACCAGCAGCACAGCGGCUCACCUCUUGGCCAUGCAUCUCCGGGGACUCAACAUCAGCAACCUUGCCCAUCAGGAUCUGGUGGCUGUUGGUGGGAUCCUGCCCGUACUGGGAGCGUCGUUCCUGCAGAGCCUGUCCGCCCGGCAGCGGCUCGCUGUCCUGUCGGGGCUCGGCGCGGCGCCCGUCUCCGCUGCCCAGGCUGAUCAACUUGUGACCGAAAUGAUCCAGGAUAUCAACGUGACCGUGGAUGUGAUUUGCCACCUCGGGCAUCUGCUCCCGGGGCUGGAUGUGUCCACCCUGCGGCUCCUACCUCCGCUGGUCUUGGCCGGCGCCUGCUCGUGCUUCCGCCCGUUCCUGGCCCACCUCUCCUCCGCCCACAAGGCCGUCCUUCUGGAGGCUCUCCGGAGCGUGGAGAGUGACGGCAGGCGGCAUUUCGCUCGUUUCGGCUGCCUGAUUCCAUUUGUCCCCUUGAAAGACCUCGCCUUUGAUCCGGAGACCUUCCUGAGAAACCGCAGCCUCUUCGGGGAUUGGAGCUGGUCCCUGCACCAGGCACGGUUUAUUUUCAAGAGGCUUCAGGGAGUGUCAAAUGUAACAAACGAUUCCUUUCUGUCUCUGGGGAACGUGGCCAGAGGUGCAGACUGCGACACCGUCCGGCAGCAGACCAGCGAGUCGGAGUUCCUGGCGAGGGUCAGGUUCCUCAGCGGCCUGCACGGUGGAAUCGGGCAGCCUCUGCGUAAGUGCAUCGUCAAGGAGCUCAGCGGGAGGCCUGGAACCUUCCGGAAGGACAUCCUGCAAAUGGGCCCGGAGGUGGUGGCUGACUUACCUGUGAGAAUCUUGGACGCUCUUCCCAACGACUCCAUGAGAGCGGUCCUCGACCACCUGACGACACACGCCGUUCACCUGCUGGCUCUCCAGCCCCAUAAACGCGGCUACCUGGCGGAGCGGGCCCUCCAGCUCCUGGUACUGUCCUCCCAUCGUGUUACUUCUUGGAAUCUUCUUUCCCACUUAUGUUUGUCUGGGGUCGGAGCAAAGGGUGAGGUUUCGGGCGAGGUUCUGGACAGCCUCGGGCCACUCAUCACCUUCAUCGAAGAAGGGAAGGUCAAACAGAUCAAUCAACCUGAUCUGUUGCUCCGUCUAGACGAGAUCAAGACUUACUGCAUCCCCGAGCAGAACAGCAAGUCGUUUGGUUGGAUGCUCACCAAGACCGAUGUUCUGGGGGAUGCCUCUGGCUGGAACCUGCAGCAGAUGGAGUUUGUGGACCGACUUGCCUUCACGCUCCUGCCCGAGGACAUACACAGACUGCCACAGGUAGGGGUCUCGCAGGCCGAGACGGUGAGGAACGCGGGCGGGAAAGGCCUCCGCAUUUCUGCUUCCCACCUCUGGACAUUGAGUAGACUUGUCGUGCCAGCACCGCCAUUCAAUGUGAUCAUGGCUGAUCAUCCCCAAUCUGUACCCCGUUCCUGCCUCCUCCAUAUAUCCCCUGACUCUGCUAUUUUUAAGAGCGAGGUGCUGAACCCGGAGACGGUGGAGCUGGUGGUGCGUGGUGAGGGCCGGUGGGGGCGAGGCGAGGUGGGCAGACUCUGCCGCGGGCAGCAGAGCCACUCGGCGCGCGCCUCCCUCCUCAGCAAGAAGCAGAGCCUGGCCGUGAGCUCCAUCAAGAGCAUCGUGAAACAACGUCGAGACGGCAGCCCCGACUGCAUUGACAUCAAGGCGACCUUCCCAGCCGCCUGGAGCAGCAGCCAGCUCGCUGGGAUGGCGGACGACCAGUUUGCCGACUGUCUGGAAAUUCUGGGCAGUGACCAGGACCUGUCCAUGGAGCAGCUGAAGAUCCUGGUGUCAAAGGCCAAGCAGCUGUUUGGCCCAGUCAGCUCCAUGAAGCGCUGGCAGCUCCUGCAGUUGGGCAGAGCAGCCUCCCAGCUCACCGAGAGAGAUCUCCAGUCCCUGGAUCAUUCCGACCUCUCCCUUCUGUCCUUCCUGGGGCAAAUCGAUGAAUGGAGCACCAAACAGAGAAAAGCAGUGUUUGGCAGAUGGCAAAGGACCCAGCUCGACGUCACCACCCUGGUAGCCCUGGGACACCACAUCUGUGGAAUGUCCGUCUUGGAGAUGGAAAAGAUCCAUCCCGAGGAAUUCAGUAAAGCCGUGCUGUUCAUAGGCAACUUGGAGCUGCGAUGUUCUGAAAGCCAGCUCGAAGCCCUGGCCAAGCUGACCACUCGCCCACAGGCCUUUGGGCCCGUUAAUAUGUGGGGGGCUGAAAUCUUCACUGAAAUUGGCUCUGUUGCAGCUGGUUUGUCCGACAUGGCACUGUCGUCGCUGGUGGAAGAACAGAUCGAAGGGCUGACACCUACCGCCAUCUCCCUCAUCCCGCCCAGCAAGUUCGCGGUGGUGUUCAGCGCCGAUCAGCUGUCCUCCUUCACCGGAGCCCAGGCCUCGGCUGUGACCAGCGGGCAGUACAGGAGGCUGAGUCUGGAGCAGAGGGCCGCUCUCACCGCAGCUCAGUACGAUGGGGAGCUGCACCAGGAGCCCAGGGGCAAGAAUACCUCUCCCUUAUCGGCCUCGUUCAACCUUGCUGUCUUGAGCCUGUGCCUCUCGGCCACCUGCUUUCUUGGAGAACGUUGGAGUGGGCGCCAGCUGGAAUGGACUUGCACUCGAUUUGGAUCCUGAUUUUUUUUUUAAUUAUUUGUACAAAUAGUGAAUAAAACUUGGGACUGGAAUCCUUUUGAUUGUGAAUAAUCUGAUGUAGAAAAUUACCACUCCAGCAUUCAAAUUGCUAUCCUGUUUAUUCUCAGUGGAUGCUGUUGGAAUGUGCUGUUGGCUCCGACUUUGAUUCCUGCUUUGAUCUACAAUUUAAGAAGGAACUGCAGAUGCUGGAAAAUCGAAGGUGGACAAAAAUGCUGGAGAAACUCAGUGGGUGAGGCAGCGUCUAUGGAGCGAAGGAAAUCUAUGGAGCGAAGGAAACCCUAACCCUAUUUCCUUCGCUCCAUAGAAGGGCAGCCCAAAAGAUGAAGACCCUCGAGGUCUGCCUUGAGGGGCUGAAGGGCCUGUUCCUGGGCUGUAUUGUUCUAUGUUCUGCAUUACAGCAGGAUUGAUCAGAAAGACACCAAAAUAU